GUGCCCGAGUGGAGUCUUCAGCACCAUGGACAACGACUCACGCUAGACUGCAGGGAAUCAGGGCUGGGAGACAGCGUUGUCUACAACCGCUGGAUCCGCGACAAAUUGGCUUGAAGACUUAUCUGAUUCGUUUACCUUUUGCUCUACUCGGUUCGUGCGAUACGGUUGACUUGCAUUUUUGUUUUGAUGCCCGCGAGUGCAAGAAAUCGAGCUGUAUUUAGCUGCAUUGUCUCUUCGUAGAUCUGCCUCACUCUUCGUCCAGCCAAAACAGUGACCUUUUAUUUCCUUGUCCAGGUAUUUAUCUCAUAACGGCUGCAGUAGUUGAUUAGGCAAUUCUAUUUUAGUUUUUGUCUAGCCGUCAUGGUUUAUUGUGAUGCGCAUAUACCUAACUAAAGAAACAUGAAGUUUCCUGGUUCAAACCUUUGCUCGGGCAUGCUCUGAUGCGCAGUAAACCUCAGUUUGCAAUUGACUAUUCUAUUCUGUCUAAGUGUCCUCGUGCAAAGAAGUUAAACUAUUUUGUGGACAGAAGCGCACAAUGAGGUCCCACCAAGACUUUUUGAAUUGCACAUAAAAAGAAGAGAGGGAGAAAGGCUGCGGGAAGCGACGCCUGCCAGCCCCCAGUGGGGUCCUAAACAAAACGGUCUCUAGCGUCAUAUUCGCAUUUAAAAGGGAGACACUUCUUCGUUGGUUGACAGAGUUUAUAGAUAUAGACCUCUUUUCCCCCGCUAAACUAAAGCAAGAUGAAGAAGUUUCGGAAGGUAUUGGACGGCCUGUCCUCUUCUUCCCCUGGGGGAGUCGCGUCCCCGUCUUGCGGAAGUGCAGCUGGUACCCCUACUGCUCAUGCGCCCACUCCCCUGGAUAUCCAUGUCCAGGAGACCCUUGUCUCAGAAAACUUUCACUUAUGCAAGACGGUGCGUCACGGCUUCCCAUACCAGCCCACCUGCCUGGCCUUCGACCCCGUCCAGAAGAUCCUGGCGAUUGGCUCCAGGACGGGAGGCAUACGCAUCCUGGGACGGCCCGGCGUGGACUGUUACAGUCAGCAUGAGAGUGGGGCGGCCGUGCUCCAGUUACAGUUCCUCAUCAACGAGGGAGCUCUGGUCACGGCGUGUGCAGACGACACCCUACACCUGUGGAACCUUCGCCAGAGACGCCCAGCCAUCCUCCACUCACUCAAAUUUAACAGGGAGAGAAUCACGUUUUGCCACCUCCCCUUCCAGAGCAAAUGGCUGUAUGUCGGCACGGAGCGCGGCAACACGCACAUCGUCAACAUCGAGUCCUUCGUCCUGUCUGGAUACGUCAUCAUGUGGAACAAGGCCAUAGAGCUAGCGACUAAAACACACCCUGGGCCUGUGGUCCAUCUGAGCGACAGCCCAAAGGAUGAAGGAAAGUUGCUGAUAGGGUUUGAGAGUGGAACUGUGGUCCAGUGGGACCUCCGAGCCAAGAAGGUCGACUUCAGAAUCUACUACGAUGAAGCUAUCCAUUCUGUGAGUUGGCACCACGAGGGGAAGCAGUUCAUGUGCAGCCACUCGGACGGCAGCCUGACUGUGUGGAACCUGAGAAACACAAGCAGGCCCAUCCAGGUCACCUAUCCGCACGGGAAGAUACUGAAGGAUGGAAGGAAAGAGUCAUGCAAGCCCAUACUCAAGGUGGAAUACAAGACAUCUAGGAACAGCAGCGAGCCCUUCAUCAUCUUCUCGGGAGGUCUGUCCUACGACAAGGCUGGCGGACGGAGGCCAACCCUGACCAUCAUGCACGGCAAGGCCAUCACUGUCCUGGAGAUGGACCACCCCAUUGUAGAGUUCCUGGUGCUCUGUGACACCCCGUACUCCAACGAGGUCCAGGAUCCCUAUGCAGUGGUGGUGCUUUUAGAAAAGGACUUCAUUGUGGUGGAUCUAACACAGAGCAAUUUCCCCAUCUUUGAGAACCCCUACCCCAUGGACAUCCACGAGUCCCCUGUCACCUGCACGGCCUACUUCGCCCAGUGCCCUCCUGACAUCAUCCCCAUCCUCUACUCCAUAGGAGCCAAGCAGAAGAAGACCGGCUACAGCCACAAGGAGUGGCCAGUAAGUGGCGGCACCUGGACCUUGGGCUCACAGACCUACCCAGAGAUCAUUGUGACUGGACAUGCGGACGGAACCGUAAAGUUCUGGGACGCCUCCGCCAUUACGCUCCAGAUGCUUUACAAGCUGAAGACGUCCAAGGUGUUCGAGAAGCCCAAGGCCGGGGAGGGGCGGACGACGGAGGUGCUGGACGAGGACCCCUACGCCGUCCAGAUGGUCAGCUGGUGCCCACACAGCCGGUUGUUCUGCGUGGUGGGCAUCUCUGCCCACGUCAUCCUGUACCGCUUCAGCAAGCACGACGCCAACACGCAGAUAGCGUCGCUAGAGGUGCGUCUGCAGUUUGACUCAGAUGACGCCGUUUCCCCGUCUGAGAACGAGAACAACCCGUGCUUCUCGGACCCCAGCUCCCACUCACCCCUGCAGCCUGGCAGCCCUGGCAGCGCUACGCCAGACAGUGUCCCCGGUCUCAGGGUGAAGAGCCGUGCCCUGCGGAUGCCCCCGGGGUACCAAGCGGAGUUGGUGGUGCAGCUGGUGUGUCCACCGCAGCAGAUCACCAGCCUGGACAUCAACUCUGCCUACGGCCUCCUAGCAUUUGGGAACUGUAAUGGUGUAGCGGUAGUGGACUACCUUCAGAAGACCAUCCUGAUGUGUGUGAGCACUCUGGAUCUGUACGGGGCCGCUGACCCCUAUCAACGUCUCACACGCUCCCCGCGCAGGAACAGGCAGUCCACCUCAGACUUUUGCAUGCGCGGCCUGUCUCACUUUUAUUCAGAUUCAAAGAAAAGGAUCCGUACGUCCUAUCAGAGCCUUACGGAACUCUCCGACAACCAGGUGUCCAUUGACAUGGAGAGAACCAAGUCACCCACUUCAGUUCCCUACCCAAGCUCCCUCCACAAUGACCCUCGCUCCAUGCCUGAGCCCCUGGCAAGUUUGAGGGCGAGCCACUGCAGUCCUGUCUUUUACUUACUGGACAAUGUAAAGGGACCCGGCAGAAAGUUAAGUCUGCCAACAGAUCUUAAGCCUGAUCUUGAUCAUGUAAAUGGACAUUGCACUAGCCCCACCUCCCAACCCUGCUCCAUGGGGAAGCCUCGCAUCCCAGGGGUUCCUGAGGGCCCGCGGCUCACCCGGAGAGGGCCCGGCCGACCGCCCUUCCGGAAGGCCCAGUCUGCCGCAUGCAUGGAGAUCUCUUUGCCUGUUUCCUCCCACACGGAAGUAGGCGGGUGUGCGUCCAGGAGGGCAAUGCUUCAGCAGUUGCACGGAGUCAGUAUGUACUCCCACGACGAACACCACACCACCACGCCCUACAACUGGAGCGAGAGAGCAGAAAGCCGAGAGAACUCGUUCAGCCGUUCGCGGAGCUCCAGUGUGUCCAGCAUCGACCGUGACACCAAGGAGGCAGUGACCACCCUGCAGUUCGGAGAGUCUUACGGCCGUAAGGGAGAGCCUCUGCCCUCCGCCUGCCUGUGGGUGGGAACAAGCCUGGGCGUUGUCCUACUUCUACCCAUAUCCAUCCCCGCGGAGGACGAGGACAGGAUGGAGGAGCCUGUAACCAUCGGGCCGAGUAGCACCGUCUUGAUGCUGAAGGGAUCCGUGCUGCGUUUCGCGUUCCUGGACUGCGGGGGCGCUCUCAUCCAGAGUCCCUAUGAGGUUUGGCGGGACCCCAAUGGUCCCGAGGACCCGGACCGGACCCGCCGACGUAAGCUUGUCAACUUCUCACCGUGGCCAUCCCACGAGGCUGGCGUUGACGGUCACAUGGCCGUGGUCUGCUCGGAGAAACAGGCCAAGGUCAUGCUCAUGCCCAGUCAGACUGUCCUGUUCGCACACAACGUCACAGAGUCCUCCUUCAUACUGCGGGCGGACGUCGUCUCCGUCUGCAGUAGCGUCUGCCUGGCCUGCUUCUGCGCCAACGGACACGUCAUGACCCUCAGUUUGCCCAGUCUCAGACCCCUGAUGGACAUCAACUACCUUCCCCUGACCGACAUGCGUAUCGCCCGGACCUUUGUCUUUACCAACGGAGGCCAAGCUCUGUACCUGAGCUCCCCCACAGAGAUCCAACGAAUCACAUACAGCCAGGAGAUGGCAGACAACCUACAGGACAUGCUGGGGGAGCUGUUUACACCAAUAGAAACACCAGAGGCCCAGAACAAAGGAUUCCUGAAGGGCUUUUUUGGGGGCAACGCUCAGCCCUUUGACCGAGAGGAGCUGUUUGGGGAGGCAGCGGCGGGGAAGGCGUCUCGAAGUCUGGCUCAGCACAUCCCCGGUCCUAUGGGCUUGGAGAACAUGAAGGCAGCAGCUGGUGGGGUGGUGGGGGACCUGGCCCGGGCUCGCAUCGCUCUGGAUCAGAGGGGCGAGAGGCUCGGCGAGCUGGAGGAACGAACAGCCCUCAUGAUGAACAGCGCUGAGAUCUUCUCCACGCACGCUCACCAGGUGAUGCUCAAACACAAGGACAAGAAAUGGUAUCAACUUUAAGGGAACAGAACAGAGGGUCACCACUGCCUCCUCACCUGGUGGGGGCGCUAUGUUAGAAUAUGUACUUUCACUCUACAGACAGAAGAGAGAAACUGAGAUGGAGAGAGAUGGAGAUGGAAAGAAAGAGAGAAAGAGCGAGAGAGAGCCACGCACACAAGAGUUACUUUGUGUUAAUGGGCCUCUCUGUAGGCUGUCUCCACAUAAUUGUCAUAAGACAGAGGAUGGUCACUUGUCUAGACUAUAGUGAGAUGGACGAAGACCAAGAAGUAUGUUGAUAAGACGGGGGAACCCCUGUAAAGGCUGAUGGCAGUCCAUCUGUGUGUGUGUGUGUGUGUGUGUGUGUGUGUGUGAGUGUACGUGUGCGUGUUACCCAGAUCUUGCUGUGUAGAUACUCUAAAGUUAAGAAACCAACCAGACUGCAUGAAACAACAUGGAUGAAUAGUAAAAACAUAAAACUGCCAUAUUAAAAGGCAGCAUGCUACAUCAACAGAGGAAAAUAUUUAAUAUCGUAAGCCAACAACAGCAAGUAAAACAACAUUAUAAUUUUUGAAACAUGGAUAUAUUGCUAUAAAGCCACAUUUUCCUUUUGCCUUUUUGUUACUUUGAUUUGGUUAUAGCAUUUAACUAUCAAUACUUUCUUCACAGAAUACUGCUGACGAUGACCGCAACCAUAUUUCCACCUUUAAACACGGUGCUCGUCGUUUUCAAGACCUCUGAUGUCCACACACUAGGCAGUACGAAAAACAAAUCUUUCAACACGUAUCACUACACAUAAUCUGGACCACUGUCCAUUUUACUAGCACUCAUUUCAUGCAGUUGGCUGCUGUUGUUAUUCUGUUAUCUAAAAAAAGAUAGAUUUAACCUCCCUGACAGAAAUGUACGAACGAAGGGGAACAGUUAGAUUUUUAACGUGUUAACGGAAUUGGAGAUUAGUGUCGGCUGAUGUGCCACACUGAUUGUACUCUGUGACGUCUGUAUUGAGUGUGUUUAUUAACAUAAUAAUAAUUAAUGUGCCAUAAAACCAAGAUGGGUGAAUCUCUUAUGACUAGCAAAGAGCUAAAAACAUUAUGUUGUAAUAACUGUAUGUUUUCUGUAGAAGAGAACAGGCUACCUACGCCAUUACUUUCUGGAUGGCCUUUGAUAGGUGUAUGUCGUUUCAAAUUAGUUCCUGUUUUUUUUUUUCAGACCGAAUUGUGACAUUCUCUUAUUCUCCGUAAUCGUUUUUCGUUGUUUGUUCGAUUAUAAUUUUUUUGGUUGAAACACUGAAUUAGUUUGAAACUGAAUUUGUUUUAUUAUGUAUGAGUAUGGUGAGACACUUUCUGUGUCAUGCGGGCCCAUGUGAAGAUAAAAUGUGUAGUAUUUCUUCUGCCAAAGCAAUUCAACUGAAUGAAGCUCUCGAUCGGAGUAUCGUGUCAUUGUAUGUAAUCGUGGCUGGUCGGUCCCGUGUUUACAUUUUGGUAUCCAGAAUGGUAUUCUUUUACAAUAUAAUGUUGAACUAUGCUUCAGACGUCCACAGGUGUCAUGUUCAAUAGGAGUAGGUCUAACUAGUAGACUGAUUUAGGAGUGUGAUCUACUUAAAAACACCACUACCAGUUUGGAUCGGAAAUCCCGCAGUCUUUUGGGUGUGCGUGGUGAUUUGUAUUGAGAAAUGAAUAGUAUUUAGAUAACUAAUAGCCGACCAUUAGGCCAAUGGGCCUUGCUGUUGUCAGUUGUCAUUGACAAAUAUACAAUAGAUGGGUAUUUUAUUAUUACAGUACGUGUAACCAAUCCAGGCUGAUAUGAAUUUGAAGCAAAUCUGUGUUUCUAUUCUUGGUUUUACGUGUAACUGCUCCAGAUGACUUCAGUGUAAAGUUCUUUAUCUCUUGCCCCAUAGUGGUGGGUCGGAGACUCUUUCAUCUCGCUCAUCUACUAUGUACAAAGGUUAUUCUAUGAUACGUGUUAUUGUAUACAAGUCAAUAAAUGUACACGCAACAAAGCCCCUUGUAACUAAUAAAAAAAACAAUACUGUUGUUUAUUUUUCUGUUUUCGAAAAGGUUUGUUUUUUUUAUUCGCAAAUGAUACAAAAGUCAAAAUGUCAAAGCAGUCACCUGGUGUCCAUAAUGUUAGCCGACACAAUGUAACACACACACACGCACACACAGGUAUGAUCCGGUAGGACAUCCAAUCAUUUCACCCUGCUUCUUCUAAGGCAAGCACGUCUUCUUUCCUGAAGGACAGGCAGCCUUCUUAACUGUACCGGGGGGAGCUACAAACUGUACCUGCCGGCUUGUCAGAGGUUGUGACUAGAGUUGAUACGUUUCAGAAAACGUCAGUAAAUUCCCUGGUUUUCCCAAAAUCCCGCUUGGAAGAUUUUCAGAGAAAAUCCUGAUUCCGGGAACACUAUCCAAGGUUUUUGUGGAAACCAGGGAAUUUAAUAGAAAAUUCCGGGAAUUUUGCAACCCCUCAUUAUUGUCCAGCUACACUACAAAGAAGUGUCUUUUCAUAGGGAGUUAGGAGAGCAUUUGAGGUAACCCUUACCUUUUCCCUAACCAAUGUAAUUAUCUUAAUCUGCUUAGGUAAUUCUACUAACCUGCUGUGUAAAUUAUCCUAACCUGCUAUGAGAAGGUAAUAUCUCCAUCCCCAGCUGCAUACACUCAAGUCUAAACCCUUUUCAGGCUAUUAUAAAGGCUAUUGUUCAUAAACGAGUGAGGUCUUUUGAAAUGGAACGGGUCUUCUCUACAUGUUUACUGGCCACGAGGUUGAGUUAGUAUCAGUGCUGUAAAACUUCAAUGGCUGAAAAAAAGAGAACAAAAAAAUCUACCGAAAGACAGGGUGUUUCUUUGUACAUUUUUGUUUUUAUAUCAACUGUACAACAAUGCUGUCUGGGAGUAAAGAAAAAAUACAAAACCAAGAAAAAAAGCGGUUCUUAGGAUAUGAUUUCUCUGUAGACGUUGUACCUGUUUAUUGGAUCAUGGUACCGUGCCUGCAUUUUGGCUCUGUCUCAAGUCACUGGAACUCCUGUUCUCACUGUCGUUUUCUGGCCAAGCUGACUGUUUCUCACGUUGUUUUCUCGACGACGGCAGUGAAGUUUGUCUUGUUUAAAUGGAUUCUACCACCUUUGGUUCCUAUUGAUAUUAGUAGUGUGAUAGAGAUUACUGGGGGAAAAAAGUGAACUGAAAACAUGUUUGAUGCAAAUCAAAAAUUGAAAUAAACAUUGAUUGAUGUACACACGAGGAAA